CCACAUGCAUGUGCCGGCGUUAUGCCUUUCGCUUGAUGCUACAUCUUGAUAGAUAACCGUUGUCUCACGUCUGGUUUGUGCAGCAACUGGCAAGCAUAGAUUGACAACGACGGCAUCAUGAAUAGCAACAUUGAAAUGGGCCAUUUUGGGGUCAAAAGACAGACGACAGUAGCUGUCGAUAUGGUGCGACCACCGACGUCGAAUAACAAAAGGUUGGACGUGGGACAAAACUAUACGCACUCGACUGGUUCUAGCGGGCACAGAAAGCUUGAUAGGAAAUUUGAUUCGCUAUCUAUUCUCGCAUUGUCCGUGACCCUACUUGCUUCGUGGGAGGGCGUCGCAAGCAGCUUUUCUACCUCCCUCGUGAACGGCGGUCCAUCAUCACUUGUCUGGGGAAUGCUCCUCUCUCUGACCGGCACAAUGGCGUUGGCACUGUCGCUAGCUGAGAUGGCGUCUAUAUGCCCAAUUGCCGGAGCUCAAUAUCACUGGACCGCACUGUUUGCGCCGCCUCGGAUCCGACCGUUCAUUACCUGGUUCCAAGGCUGGGCGACUGUAUUUGCAUGGCAAGCAGCUGCGACGAGUAUUUUCUUCCUGAUAGCAGGCCAAAUCCAGGGAAUGGUCAUAUUAAACAACCCAACAUAUGUUCCCGCUCGCUGGCAUAGCACAUUGAUCAUGUGGGCUUUGACAGGUUUCUCUUUCGCAGUAAAUGUAUGGGGCAUACAGUUAUUACCCUCGAUCCAGCUGUUAGGCGGAAUCUUUCAUAUUGUAUUUUUCAUUGCCUUAAGUGUUCCCUUGGUACUUCUCGCCAAUCGAAGUACUCCCGAAUUUGUUUUCAAGACUAUGAUGAAUAACGGCGGUUGGUCAAACGACGGGAUUUCAUGGUGCCUCGGAAUGUUGACUGUAACAUAUUGUUUUCUCGGAUUUGACGGUGCAAUUCAUAUGAGCGAAGAAGUGCGUAACCCAGCUAAAGUGGUUCCAAGAAUUCUUGUUCAAUCAAUCGCUAUCAAUGGUACGCUUGCUUUCGGCUUUAUUCUCAUUCUUCUUUUCUUCAUCGGUGAUCUCAACGCCGCUGUGCAUACCUCAACGGGCUUCCCCAGCAUAGAGAUAUUCUACUCCGCUACAAAAUCAGUCAAGGCUGCCACAGUAAUGCAGUGUGGUAUUACACUUAUCGGGAUUUUGUCAAGUAUUGGCAUUGUUGCCUCCGUCUCGCGACUUACCUGGGCAUUUGCUAGGGACGGAGGACUUCCAUUCUCUAAAUUCUUUGUUCAUAUCGAUGGCCGGUUUCAUGUACCCUUUCGGUCAAUUGGAUUGGUCUGCGCUGUCGUCGUACUGAUUUCCCUCAUAAAUAUCGGGUCAACAACGGCCCUGAGCGCAAUAUUAGCCCUGACCACAUGCUCUCUCUAUUUGUCAUACAUUAUUCCCAUAAUCUUACUUGUUGUACGGCGCUUCAGUCAGUCUUCGGGCGGAGAACCCGUCAGAUUUGGCCCCUGGACAAUGGGUCGCUAUGGUCUGGGUGUUAACCUUUAUGCCAUUUUGUUUGGAAUCUUCAUUAUUGUUUUUGUUCCUUUUCCAACUCAGAUGCCAGUUACGGCAGAGAACAUGAAUUACGCCGGGCCAGUAUUUGGUGUGAUGGCGCUUUUGUUAUUGAUCGAUUGGUUUAUGAGAGGGAGAAAAGGUUUCCAGGGACCGUUAAAAGAGCUCUUGGCAAGAAAUACCUAAUCAUUUUC